AUUAUUUUUAACGGGGAAUCAAAAGUACCUUUUCCCUUAAAUAAUAUCGACAUAUACGUAAAUUAUUAUUAAAUGACAUCUUUUUUUUUAUAUGGAAAACUUUUAAUAUUCUCCUCAACUUGCCACUUUAUGGCUUUAAUUCAAAUAAGUGCUUCUACUAUUAACAAUUUAGGAAAUAUAAUAUGUACCUUUAAAAAUCCCACCCCCCUUCUCUAAUUAUUCUGAUCUCCACAUAAGAUUAAAAAAACAUCCUUACAUCGCUCACAUGAUUAAACAUGUGACUAAUUUUUUAGAGCUAAAUUUUUUUUUUCACUUAGCAAAAUGAAGAUGAGCUUUAAAGUUGAUCUUUAACUAAGAACAUGUUCAAUCAUUAUUAUAUCAUUCCAAGCUCAUCAACAUGGCUAAGAAAAUUCAAAGACCAUAUAAAUCAGCAGAAUAUGUCAAUGAUGAUGUUUCUGAUAUUGAAGAUGAAGAAGAACAUACGUUUGAACCUCCAAAGCAUUAUAUAAAAUCAAAUCCUACUUCAUCAACUUCAUCAGCAUCACAAUUUGCCAAAUCAAUUGGUAAUAAACAGCUUUGGUUAAUCAAGACCCCAAAGGGGUUCCCUCUUAAGAGUUUGAAACGUUUACCUGUCUCGUUCACAUCCACUUCUGUCGUUAAAGAUCAAUCUCAAUUUGAAAUUAAUAAUUUAUCAUAUCAAAUUCAUGAAGAAAUAUUUCAAGAUGGUGGAGAAGAUGUGGUUGAAAGUAAAGAUGAACCAUAUUCUGUGUUUGUCAGUGAAAAGAGAGAUGAUGAUGAUGAUGUUUAUGCCCCAUUGAAAGAUGUUAAAAUCAAUAGAUUCUAUAAUAUAAGACAAUUAAUUAAUAUUCCAAAUAUAGAUUUAGAUAAAGUUGUGAUACCACGAGAAAAUGUGGAAAAGAUUGAUCAUUUAAGAAUGAGACAUUUCCCAACUGGUUAUGGAUCCAAUGAUUUCGAAGAAGCUAGAGAUGUUAAUGAUGAUAUUGCAAAUGGUAAAGUUGUUAAAAAGGUUAAACUUGAAAAACAACAAGAUGAUGAAAUUCCAGUAACCCCAAAGAAGAAAGAAAAGAAGGAUAAAAAGGAUAAAAAGGACAAGAAAGAUAAGAAGGAUAAGAAAAGUUCAAAGGUUAAAAAGGAAAGAAUUGAUUAAAUAUAGUGUUUAUUUUCUCUAUCAUAACAUAACCCUUGCAUAUUUUAGAAACACAAGAAAUGACCUAUAGAAAUCUCAUUCCUUGUACUUGCUCUUAAAAGUAUAUAUAUAUAUUGUAUAAUAAACUCACAU